UGUUCUUGCUGCUGCCAUGUUAGAAUACUGGGCCGGCUGCUCGACUCUACUGUGCAGAAGAACCUGCUCCUUGGUCCUACCUGUUCCUCGGUCCAGCAGUGUCCUGCUUUCACAGACCGUCUUCUCUCCCCGGCACCGGCAUCUCCAGUCCGGGUUUCCACUGCGGAUAUGUUUGCAGUCUCUGCAGUCUCUGGUCAUCUCCUGUACUAUGUUCGCAGUCUCUGGUCAUCUCCUGUACUGUGUCUGCAGUCUCUGGUCAUCCCCUGUGCUAUGUUUGCAGUCUCUGGUCAUCCCCUGUGCUAUAUUUGCAGUCUCUGGUCAUCUCCUGUACUAUAUCUGCAGUCUCUGGUCAUCUCCUGUACUAUGUCUGCAGUCUCUGGUCAUUUCCUGUACUAUGUCUGCAGUCUCUGGUCAUUUCCUGUACUAUGUCUGCAGU